AUGUUAUGUAAUUUCGAGUCGAAAUGUGAUUGGAUGUUCGAGAGUCCAGCACGGAAAUAUCCACGUGAUCCAAGACAUAACUUUAAAGUUGUCGUUGGUAAUCGCGAAUUUAAGCCAACUCAUUACGCAUAUUUCAAUUUUACUAAAACACGUGAAGAACCAGCGAUGAUUAUUAGCCCUUACUAUCAACAUUUGUCCAAUCAGGUAUAUUACCUCAAACUUUUUGUUGAAUUAUCAACGAAAUGUAUGAUUUCUGAGAUAAAUGGUGAAUACAUGGAUGUUUAG